AUGGACAACCUUUCUUCUACAUAUGAUCUCUUGGGUUUAUCCACCAAAAGUACAGGUGGAAAGAUCUCAAAAGUUCGCUUCGACAAUACAAAACAGGAAUUUGAAAGUAAUGAAGUAUUAUUUGCUACAGGUUCUUGGGAUACUCCAAAGGAAAAUACAUUGCUAUUAUGGAAUGUUGAACAAGUUUCUUUUGGUUUGGGCGAACAACCAAGUUUAACAUUUUCAGUUCUCGGUAAAACAACUCAUGAAGGAGAUGUUACUGAUAUGCGAUUUAUUGGAGAUAAUAUCUUACUUACAUCAUCUUCAAAUGGAUCAUUAAAUGCCUUUCAAAUAAUAAAUACAAAUACAUCUGAUUUUAUGGACCAGUCCGUUGGAACUUCUAACUAUCAAUUACAAAUGAUUAUGAAUCGUCGAUUACACAGUUUCACCGACACCAAAAAUGCAUCACUUAAUAGUUUCGCAAUUAAACCACAUAGUAUAAAUGAUCCAUUAGUUGCAACCGUUGGAGAAGAUGGUAGAAUUGUGAUUGUAAGAAUUGAAGACUCAGUUAAAGAUCACGUCAUAGAAGAUGCUGAUGCCUCUUCAAUCAAAGCAAUUUUAUGGCCAAGAUCAAAUGAAAUUAUCUUAGCGAAUGGUUGUGGACAAUUGAGAAUAUUCGAUCCGAGAGAAAACAAACCUACAACAAUAUGUCAUGAUCCUAUUAAUAUCAGAGUACCAAUUAACUGUUUAGCAUUUCAUCCUUCCAAGGUACACAAAGUUGCGUCAGGAAAUAACAAAGGUGGUGUGACAAUAUGGGAUACAAGAAAAUUGACAGAACCGGAAAAACAUGCUCAACCACAUAAUUCUCGAGUGUGGGAAGUAUUUUAUCACCCAUAUUACCAAGAAUUAUUAUUUAGCUGUUCCGAAGACGGAACUAUCGGAGCUGUUAACUUUGCAGAUUUUACACCGACAUUUUCUUCUCAAGAUUCAAUGAAUGCUGUGAAGGGACAGAACGUAACCAUAAGAAAGAUUGGGUUCAAAUCUAAUGAACUUCCUAUUAAUUCUAUUGAUUAUCAUCCUCAUUCGAAAUUAUUGAUUAGUGGAGGAGAUAAUGAAAAUUUACUUUAUACACUCAUAUGAAAAUGAAGAUUAGAUGGACUUAUCUGAUAUGAUUAACCAUAAAUGAACUUUACUGAAAAUCAAGUACUUAUUUAUCACGUAUAUAACGUUUGGAAUCGACAAAAAAAAAAAAAUACAGACGAUCGUCAAUUUGCAUUUGAAUGACGGAGAUAUUCUAAAUUAUUAAUUAUUACGUAAAUGCAUCCGCAGAUUUACAAUUAAAAUUGCUGCGAUUUACUUUUAAAGCUUUUAACAAGUUUUUAACUCUGAUUUUAUGUAGAGAGCCUAAUUUGUAAUGUUUACAAUUAGAAACCUCGGAUCUUGUUCACUUGCAUAGAUCUUUGUUGACUAAACAUAUGCAUUAAAAAACAACUUUUUAACUGAUCCAAUUAAA